AUGUCGCAGACGACUGCUGGAUCGGCCGUCGCUGCGACCAGCCGCAUCAGCUUCCAAUAUAUAAAGGCCGCAGCGAACAGGGCGGAGAUGACGGCCCGCGGCCAGGACGGCGCGACGAGGAAGGUCUCUGUGCGGUCGCGUCGCCGUCAGCUGGAGAAGGAACGCCUCGCCAACCAGCCUCUCGCUGUGUCUCCGCCGCCGCAACUCCGCCGCGGUCCGUCUGUUGGGUGGUUUGGGCAGCUUAGUACGAACUGCGGGAUGGCGUGCGGGCUUCUCCUUUUUGCUGUAUUCCUCGGUUGCCUGCCGUCGGUCGGCGGCACGGCAACCGUCCCCUUCAGCCGCACCGUCGUCCGCGGCCGCCACAUCCUCACGAGGAAGGAGUACCUCGACACCUUUCCUGGCGACACGGCUGGGUGGGCACAAUACAUGGAGGACCAGUACUUUGCCGAGCGUGGCGUGUCCCUCAUGGCCGACGCCGAGGAGCGAGCCAGGGACAACCCGAGGGAGACGCUCGGUCAGGCGAGGAGCAGGCUCUUCAACGAUCGCGUCCGCUCGCCAAACAAUCGUCCAACCGAGCUCAGCCAGGCCGCAAACCAGUCCCGAGCGCAGAGGAAGCGAGAGAGCCCCGAGCAGCGCGACAAGGGAAAGCGAGACGACCGCACACGGCGGCAGGCCAAAAGGGCGAGGCAGGCUGCCGCUCGCCCCGCCCGCCGCGCUUCCGAAAUACUCAACGGCUCGCUGCUGGUCGAGGGGAGCUCGCUCUCACAAAGGAAGGGGGAGGACGACGACUCCGACGACGCGAGCUCCACUGCCGGGUCCACGGCUGCUGCUGCGCGUGCCGCCCACACCUACACCGAGGAGGUGGAGCAGGUCCUCGGCGAGCAGAACGAGUUCCUCAGCGAGCAGUUGGCCAUCCUCGGGGACUCGAUUGACAAGGCGGUCGCGCGGGAGAUCGCCCCGGUCACGAAAGAGGUGAAGGCGCUCGCGACGAAGCUGUAG